GAUGAUGAUGAUGAUGAUGAUGAUGAUGAUGAUGUUGAUGAUGAUUUGGAUGAUGAUGAUUUUGAUGAUGAUGAUUUGGAUGUUGAUGAUGAUGAUGAUGAUGAUGAUUUGGAUUCAGUUAGUGUUGUCUCCCGAGUACGACAAUUCAAUGCCCGAGUCUCCAUGGUGCUAACGUACAACAAAGCGAAGGCAUUGCUUACAGUUCGACUUAAAGGGACCACAGAUGUUCCGGGUCGUGGUCAGGGCGGAGCGGACGCUUAUCAGGCCACGGCAUCUAUGACUGGCACUCUCAAGGAGAAGAACGUCCUUCAAUUGGUCACAAUAGUGAUUGAAACUACUGCUUCAGCACUCGAAGAGCUCACUUUGGUCGGAGGUGGGUGUCUCGGGUUGCGGCUGGCUAUAUGCCACCUGUAUCAUACCUAG